AUGCUAAGCCAGCCUACUAAACGCUCCCGGGAGGAGAAAGAGGCGGAUGAAGCCUCUGAGACCGAGCUGACGUUGAGGAAGAAGAGAAUCAAGCCCCUAUGCCUUCGUCCCUUGGCCCAACAGGCUCAACCCCAUGGCUUCACAGCUUUGCCUCUGACUCCGACAGCCGCAGAAGAGCAUCUAAGCGAGAGUGACCUCUCCGAGGAGUCUGGUAAACUGGCAUCCAAUGGAGGAGACAAAUUACAUUUCCCUGCUUUGCUCUCGCCUGAUAACCAGGUGUAUACUGAGACGGAUGCCGACAUGGAGAUGACAGAUUGCCUGUCUACGGCCUCUUCUAGCAAUCCUGCCUGGCCUGCCUGCUUUCCUCACACAGAAUGCCGUGACGUUAACUUACAUUCUUUGGAUUUGUCCCGUGCUAUUAUCAACAAGCUUGAUUCCACCGAAGUAGACCAAUGUUCUGCACCGUCAAUACAUCCCCAUUCGUUAGCCAAUACGAUGGUUUCCCAAACACAUAUCGAUGCCCCCUCGGUGGCUCCUGUUGAUAAAUUCAGUACCCCACAACCGGAUGCCAUAUACCCAUCAGACUGCCGCCUUCCUAGCCCUAUUAGCGAGUAUCAAGACGAAUCAAAGAGCCACACCGGCACAUCUGCGGUAACUACCCCUCAAUUUGGUCACCACGUCGAGGAUCCAAGUAUAAAUCCUGAUAUAAUUCGUUGCAACCCUACUUCUUUGGAAUCUAUAAACAUGCAAGCAACACACCCGGCAUCCUACUUUUCCAUCACGCGCCGGGAAGACGGCACCCUCGCGGAUGGCCCUGAGAACACAAUCACACCUGUCUCACCCUUGGCAACUAAGUCUCCGAAGAAGGCAAUCAUUGCUAUGGGAUUCCGAGCUGACUGCGACAGAUGCCAACGCAGAGAGCCCGGCCACUAUAGCCAUAUCGUCUACGCCUAA